GGCCCGGAGGCGAGCGUGAACGAGGUCUGGCGCCAUGCCCGGGCACUCGGAGCCCUAGGCCACACCCGGGCAGUGGGAGCAGCCCCUGCUCACCCCCGGGCUCACCCCCUCCCCACUGCCCACUGCCACGCCAUGGCUGGGGACCGGCUCCCUCGGAAGGUGAUGGAUGCCAAGAAACUGGCCAGCCUGCUGCGGGGCGGGCCCGGGGGCCCGCUGGUCAUUGACAGCCGCUCCUUCGUGGAGUACAGCAGCUGGCACGUGCUCAGCUCUGUCAACGUCUGCUGCUCCAAGCUGGUGAAGCGGCGACUGCAGCAGGGCAAGGUGACCAUCGCAGAGCUGAUCCAGCCCGCCUCGCGCAGCCAGGUGGAAGCCACGGAGCCGCAGGACGUGGUGGUCUAUGACCAGAGCACAAGGGACGCCAGCGUGCUGGCCGCAGACAGCUUCCUCUCCAUCCUGCUCAGCAAGCUGGACGGCUGCUUCGACAGCGUGGCCAUCCUCACAGGGGGCUUUGCCACCUUCUCCUCCUGCUUCCCCGGCCUCUGUGAGGGCAAGCCUGCUGCCCUGCUGCCCAUGAGCCUCUCCCAGCCCUGCCUGCCCGUGCCCAGCGUGGGCCUGACCCGCAUCCUGCCUCACCUCUACCUGGGCUCCCAGAAGGAUGUCCUGAACAAGGAUCUGAUGACCCAAAACGGAAUAAGCUACGUCCUCAACGCCAGCAACUCCUGCCCCAAGCCUGACUUCAUCUGUGAGAGCCGCUUCCUGCGCAUUCCCAUCAACGACAACUACUGUGAAAAGCUGCUGCCCUGGCUGGACAAGUCCAUCGAGUUCAUCGAUAAAGCCAAGCUGUCCAGCUGCCAAGUCAUCGUCCACUGUCUGGCCGGCAUCUCCCGCUCUGCUACCAUCGCCAUCGCUUACAUCAUGAAGACCAUGGGCAUGUCCUCCGAUGACGCCUACAGGUUCGUGAAGGACCGUCGCCCGUCCAUUUCGCCCAACUUCAAUUUCCUGGGCCAGCUGCUGGAGUACGAACGCAGCCUGAAGCUACUGGCCGCCCUGCAGGGCGACGGGGCGUCCCACCCUGGGACCCCGGAGCCCCUCCCGGGCCCUGCCGCCCCACUGCCGCCGCUGCCACCACCUACCUCAGAGAGUGCUGCCACCGGGAGCGCAGCGGCCACCACCACCAGGGAGGGCGCACAGAUGGGGGGUGGGGAGACCCCCACCCCCGCCCCCGCCCCGGCCACCAGCGCGCUGCAGCAGGGCCUGCGUGGCCUGCACCUCUCCUCUGACCGCCUCCAGGACACCAACCGCCUCAAGCGCUCCUUCUCGCUGGACAUCAAGUCGGCCUACGCGCCGAGCCGGCAGCCCGACGACCCCGGGCCCCCCGACCCCGGGGAGGCCUCCAAACUCUGCAAACUGGACAGCCCAUCGGGGGGCGUGCUGAGCCUGCCCUCCCCCAGCCCCGACAGCCCGGACGCGGCGCCCGAGCCACGCCCCAGGCUCCGCCGGCGGCCCCGACCCCUAGCCGGCUCCCCGGCGCCCGGCCUCGGCCUGAACUUCGGUGACGCCGCCCGGCAGACUCCGCGGCUCGGCCUCUCGGCCUUGUCGGCGCCCGGGCUGCCCGGCCCUAGCCAGCCGGCCGGCCCUGGCGGCUGGGCGCCGCCGCUCGACUCCCCGGGCACGCCAUCCCCCGACGGGCCCUGGUGCUGCAGCCCCGAGGGCGCGCAGGGCGCGGGCGGCGCGCGGUUCGCACCCUUCGGCCGGGCCAGCGGGCCGGGCGCGGGAGGCGGCGACCUGCGGCGGCGGGAGACGGCGAGGCCCGAGGCCCGGGACGCGAGGACCGGCUGGCCCGACGAGCCGGCCCCGGAGACGCAGUUCAAGCGCCGCAGCUGCCAGAUGGAGUUUGAGGAGGGCAUGGUGGAGGGGCGCGCGCGCGGCGAGGAGCGGGCCGCCCUGGGCAAGCAGGCCAGCUUCUCGGGCAGCGCGGAGGUCAUCGAGGUGUCCUGACCGCGGCCGGGAGUGGCCCCUCCGCGGGGACCCGGCGCCCCCAGCCCUUCCGCUGCCCUCGGCUGGGCCCGCUAUAAAUACGUAUUAUAUAUAAUGCAAUGAAAGGUAAAUGGUUUUACUGCGAUUUUUAUCGAGAAGUAAAUAUUUCAAUUUUUUAUUUAUUUAAGCUGUUCAUUCUGGCAAUGAUUUGGCAACAGUGCGGGGCGGUCCUCGGAGCUCUAUUUUUACUGUCUGGUAUUUAAACUGAAACCCACGUUUCUAAGCAAUAUGAGGCCACCUUCAGUUGCAAGCUGGGGUGCCAGGCCUGGGGUUCCCCCCUCCCCCCUCCCCCAGGAAACACUGCUGACCGUUGCAAAGAGGCUGCUGAGCUUUCGUGCACUUUUUACAUAAGGGGAAAAAAAGAUUAAAAAAACCUUUGCCACAAACUGAGCCGCAGAACCUCCCUGCCCCUCCCCCCCACCACGACCUCCUCUCCUGCCUCUUCCUUCUCCACUGCUCCUUUCUGGGCCCUUCACCAAAGCCAUAGGUGGGAGGAGGUGUCCCGGGAGCUGAGGAGGCACCGCCAGCCCCCUGCCAGCUCAAGGCGCCAGGUCUCGGUGCCAUAGCGGGGAACCCCCACCGCCCGUGCCCCUGGGCCUGUUGCCUGGCAGGUGUUGGGGGCCCAGGGUGUUCAGAGGACUGGGGUCUGGAAGAGGGGAGGAGCGCGGUGAAGGGGGCUCCCGGGUGUCAGGUGACAUGGGUCCACAGGGCAGGGACUGGAGGUGGAACGCCCCCACCCCUGCCCGAGCCUGGGUCCAGUUUCACGGGGUCAGGGGAGGCUGCUGCCCUCUCCUCCGCUUUGGGGGUGCCCCCUAGCGCCAGCUGCCAGUGGGAGGGCCAGCAGGAGGGGGAGCUUGGCCCCUGGGGGUGGCAGGCGGGAGGAGCUGGGCCGCCAGUGCUGGCUCCACUGAUCAGAGGGGGCAGAUAGAUUUAGGGGCUUGUUCUGCAGGUGGAGGUCCCUCCGGGAGGAGUGGCUGCCUCGCAGAGGGAGGGGGGCAGUCAGCGCCUGGCAGACCCUUAUGCCUCCGGGGGCGGGGGCCUCAGCUUGGGAGGGCCGCCUCCACGUAAAGAUCCCUGAUGUGAGCAGAUGCAGGAGGUGUCCCCCACGUCUGCCCAACCUCCACAGGGACCUCGGAGGAGAGAGACCCCUGCACACCCCGCUCCUCUCCUCUGAAGCUUUCCCGGUAUCUUCAAGGUGACAUGCCGGUCCCUACUCCCAGGUGGCUUUUU